AGAGAACCGGUCUGUCCGGUGAUUCUGAAUGUAUCACACACGCGCAUGUCUGUUUAUCAGUGGAUCAACAACAUUGCAUGUGCGUGAGCCAGUAGCAGCGGUAAUCUUAAAGCGUCACAUUCAGGAGCUGUGGCGUGCUGCCCAACACAUUUGUAUUGCUGUCAUGUUUGAAAUCGUCUAUGAUGGAAUUAAUGCCCUAAACAGCCAUAUAUUUAGGAAAGCACUGGUAACACAGGUGUGACUAUGGGGAAGUCUUUUUCCCACCUCACUAAGCGGACAGGCCACGAUGAGGGUCAGGACAGCCUGACCUCUCCUCUGGAGGACACCCAGACCGAGGACGGGAAGGGAGGAGACAUUUCCCAGUUUCCUUACGUGGAGUUCACAGGGCGGGACAGUGUGACGUGCCCCACAUGUCAGGGCACCGGGAGGAUCCCCAGAGGACAAGAAAAUCAACUUGUGGCAUUGAUUCCAUACAGUGACCAAAGGCUGCGGCCCAGGAGGACGAAGUUGUAUGUGUCCGCGUCAGUGGUGGUCUGCCUCUUGCUGUCCAGUCUGGCUGUCUUCUUCCUCUUCCCUCGCUCCAUCGAUGUGUCCUACGUCGGGGUGAAGUCUGUUUUUGUCAGCUACAGCCAAGAGAAGCGCAGUGUCUAUCUCAACAUCACGAACACUCUUAAUAUCACCAACAACAACUACUACUCCGUAGAGGUGACCAACGUCACAGCUCAGGUGCAGUUUGCCAAGACGGUGAUCGGUAAAUCACGCAUCAGUAACAUCACUGCCAUCAGUCCUCUGGACAUGAAACAGAUUGAUUAUAUGGUCCCCACCAUCAUCGCAGAUGAGAUGAACUACAUGUAUGACUACUGCACUCUGCAAACCAUCAGGGUCCACAACAUCGUCGUCAUGAUGCAAGUGACUGUCACCACAACGUACUUUGGCCAUUCGGAGCAGGUGUCUCAGGAGAUGUACCAGUAUGUGGACUGUGGAGGGAACACCACCUUUAUCAGAGGGAUGACCAAGCCGUUCAGCAUCGCACAUCCUGCCGAGUGACGCCACCGCGGCCCUCCUCCCCAGCCCUCCUCCCCAGCCCUCCUCCCCAGCCCUCCUCCCCAGCCCUCCUCCCCAGCCCUGGCUCAUGCCCUGGAGCCGAGCCUGAGAUGGUUCACUGUGUUUUCUCCUCCAACUUUCUGUUUUCAUAAUGUCAACUUCAAUACAAAAUAUUAGGACAAGUCCAUGAUACCAUGAGGAAAUUAUGUUUUUUAUAGAGGUGCUUUGCAUUCAGCACAGAAAAAACUAAUUUAUGGUUAUCUUGUAUUUCAUGUAAUUGUAAAGAUGCUAGACAAUUAUCUCACAAUUACAUGAUUCAUAUCUUACUACCAUGCUUCAUGACUAAGGGUUAUUAGAAGGCUACUCUCUCCUAAUUAAGAGAUGCGUAUUCCAUAAUUUUGAUAUCUAACAAAAUUAGAAUUAUUAUUAACAGUUUUAUAAUUACAAGAUCCUUUUCUCGUAGUUGCAAGAAAUAAUUUAAUAAUUAAGAAAUAUGUAUUACCUUUGUUUCUGGAAUUUCAAGAAGUUUCAUAAAUAACUGAUCUGUAUCUCGUAAUAACAGGAAGACUACUCCAUGAAUACAAAAUCUGUAUGUAAUAAUUACAAACAAAACUGUUUCAUAAUCAUAUCGUCAUUUCCAAAUGACGAGAAAACUGUGCACCAAUUAUGUGAUCCGUCUCUUGUCAUUACAAGAAAACUCUCAUAAUUAUAAAUCUAUAUCUCACAAUUACAAAAUCCCACAAUUAUUACAGCAUUUGCAUUUCAUAAUAACAAGAAAACUAUAUAUAGUUCUCAUAAUUAUGAAAUAUGUGUCUCGUAAUUAAAAGGUAACCAUUUUAAGUAGCACAGUUUUAUAAUAAAAUAGUAAUUACCUCGAAAUUACAAGAAAACCUUUUCCUACUUCUGUUAUGCAUUUCUUCUUAUAACUAUUACUAUAUAUAUAUAUAUAUAUUAUAUAUCAUAAUUGUGCUCUAUAUGUUUCAUAUCUGAAAGAUCCUGAUCUUAUAUUUUAGUAUUUUGUCUUGAAAUUAUCUUAGAAUUGAAUAUCUCAGAAUUUUGCGAUAUUGGUCUCGUAAUAAGGUGUUAUAAUUAGUUAACUUUAAAAGGUUUUAUCUUUGCUGAAUGCAGUGUACCUCUGUACAUAUUUGUCCAAUCAAAGUAAAAUGAUUCGGGGGCCCCAGUUUGUUAACCAGUUCAGUUGCAGGCGUAGUGAAAUGUUUUGGGCAGCACUGACUGUUCUCUAUUUUCCUCAGUCCUCUUCUUGGAAGUCUGAGGAUGUUAACAGCCUCAUGAGGUGAUGCUGAUGAGGAAUUUUGUCUUCCACCCCUCUCUAGAAGCUGAGAGCAGCUGCAUUUGCUUUUACAUGUUACCUUGAAGGAACAGUUUGUUGAGAGCAUCACUGAAUUUUCUGAUUUUAUCAAGAUAGCAAAUAAUUUUUGUUUUAUUUCUCUCGAGUGUUAUCUCACCGUCACUGCUUACUGAAAUACUGCCGGGUAUUGUUUGAAAUCUUUUAGUAUCAUUGCCGAAACAAAAACAGUUACUUUUUCCAUCUUUAGUUUGAGGACUAUAAAUGUGUUUCUGUACAAAUGUUUAUUUUUAUUAAGCAAAAUAUUCCAAAUUAUUUUGAUACUGGACAGGUUUUGAGAUUCUAUGGACAAAUUUCAGACAGUAUUCCAAAAAUAUUGUUUGGAUUAGAUGGUCCAAACUGUAAUAAUAUGUGUAGGCCUGUUGCUUUUCUCCUGAUAUGAUUACUCUAAUAUGGCAUGCAACUUUGUAAAGAUAGAGUCCCAAGAUGAAAGCUUCUUGGCCAGACCAUGAAGUAUAAAACCCUGCUAUUUUGAGAUAAAGACAUUUAGUUCCUGAUAGUGAGAAAACAAUAUUUGAUAUCACACACUAACCCUCUAAUUUAGAUGUUAUCUCAGAAUAAUUAGCUUAAAAAACAAACAAAAUAGGAUCUUGACAUUUAACUUGUGUUACAGAGAUGAUAAGCUAAAAAGUCACCAUGACUGCUCUGUUUUCCUGUCUCAUCAUUAAUGAUGCCAAGUGGCACUUCGCGUGUUAUAAACCAUGAUCUGUGAUCUAUGACUUACCAUUUGUGCUCUGAAGCAAAAGGAAGGAACAAAAGCAGGUUGGUCACAAUAAUAAAUGUAUAUUUGAAAUCUUGAUAAAGGUAUUUGACUACCUACCAAUCUUUAAUGCACUUUAGAAAACUAUUUCAAAUGCACUCCCAAGUUCCCAAAUUCUCUAAAGCCUUUUCCUCCACCACAGUUUGUUCUCUAUGAGGAAGGAGGAGCAAAAAGUGAUGUUACUGCAUAGUUAGAUUCUGCUGUUUGUGUUUCUGAGAUAAGUUUGUGGUUAUCAUAGUCAUAUCAUAGUGUUUCUUUUGACUGAAUGCUUUAAAUCUGCUGACUUACUGACUGUAGUGUUUGGUUGAUGGGUGUUAAUUAUCGUUCUUUGUACAUUGCUAUAUGUUCUUCAACUUGUAGGUCUGUUACAUUCCAUUUUAAAGAUAGAAGUUGCAGUACAAACCUGUUACCGUCUUCUAGCUUAACUAGCUUGAGACAUUUUGAAAAUGUUUAGCAGUAGUCACAUUAGAAAUCCUAUUUUAAUAGAAAUUCUAUUUCAAGAUUUAAAGCUUAGUCACCAAUAUUUAAUAACAGUUUCAGAGCAAAGUCAGUUUAUUUCAAUUGAACCUGCAUUUGUUUGUGGAAGUAAAUGUUUAGGGACUUUGAACUUCGAUGAACGUUGACAUAUGAUUUUGCUCUGCAAAAUAAUGGUUAAACUAUCUCAACAAGGCUAACUUUAAGGGAACAAAGAGCUGGGGAGUUAUUGUAGCCUGCAUCAUAUGCUUUUAUAUAACCCUGCUCUAGUGAUUACGGAGUUUUUGUCAAAGGGGCCUGGUAGCUUUGAACAGAGCGAUAUAGUGACUGUUUCUGGUUCAACAAAAAGGACCUUACUGUAAAAUAAAAAAUAAAAAAAAAAGGUGUCUCUCCAUAAUGUUGUCAGACCUGUUUCACUGCUGCCGACUGCAGCGUGCUCACUCAGGACUGGACCAAUUUUAAAAAAAAAAUGUCAUCCCAGUUAGUCACAGAGACACGUGGGUUUAUAAGGUCCAGGUUGAAAAUGCAUAAGUUACCCUUUAAGAGGGCUUCCCCAUACCUCCAGGAUUUGUGCCAAGCUAGGCAAAACACAUACUCGACAUCCUCUCAUCUGUAGAUUUAUUUCCUUCAGUGUUGGACUUGUGUAGCACUGCAACUAACAAUAACUGUUGUUAUAGAUGAGUCUGUCUGUAAAAAACCCAAAGAUAAUGACUUCCUCACAAAUUGUAAAGCACAAACUAGUGAAUGUUGAAAAUUUUUUGCAUCAUGGAUAGUUUAACAGUUCAUUGAUUAUCAAAAUUAUUGGCAAAUUUUCUAAAACACGAUGAUUCAUGAAGGGCUAUUUUUAUUAGUAGUAGCAGUAUUUUCAUUAUAUACUUUCGGGCAUCCUGUGAUUUAAUGACCAUUAUUAAUGGUAAUUUGCAUAUUAUGCAUACUACUCACUACCACUUCUUGUGUCUACCUGUUUAGGUCAACUCCUGGAAAUAGUUAUCUUGUUUUUUUUCCACCUUGUGUAAAAAUAAUGAGUAUUAUUUUACCCGAAGUUUUCAGUUAUUAUGUUGAUGAUGUUUGUGCAUCUUUGACUGAAAAUCAUCCAGUUGUGUAUCAAAUCUAUUUUGAAUCUGAAAAACAUUUUGUAUAGAAUUGACUUGUCAGCAUCCUGUAAAAAUAGCUGUAAAAUGGGGUUUUAAAAAAGCACUCGUGAUUAUAUAUUAAAAAAAAAAAAGAAGAAGAAAUCUAAACAGGCACACACAGCAGUCCCUAUUAACA